AUGGCGGGGAGAGGCAGCUACCUGACGCUACCUGUGGGCUUAGGGAACCUGGAAUGGUUAGAUAAGAACAAAACCAGUUUUCUGAUCAUGUGGAGGAGACCAGAAGAAUGGGGAAAGCUCAUCUAUCAGUGGGUGUCGAAGAAUGGCUUGACCAACUCUGUAUUCACGCUGUAUGAAUUAGCCAGUGGAGAUGAUACAGAGAAUGAAGAGUUCCACGGCUUAGACGAGACUAUGCUGCUCCGUGCCCUGCAAGCCUUGCAGCAAGAGCACAAGGCUGAAAUUAUCACGCUGGAUGAUGGCCGAGGCGUCAAGUUCUUCUGAUAGCAGCUCCCUCCCCUCCACUCUUCCCUGGCUGCUGAAGCAGUUCUUGCUGUGAAGGUUUGCUCUUCUGGCCUGGUUUCAAGCCGUGACUGCAAGCAGCUGCAUACUCGGGAUUACUUGGGGCAAGGAGACUCUGCGAAGCUUUCCAAAGACGUGACUACUUAGAAAUAUUCAGAGAUCCUCUGUCUGUCUUUUCUCCCUGUUGAUUGUGUUUGAGAGGCUAAAGCUGCUCUAGGCAGUUCUGAGGGGGACCACCCAGAAGUGAAAUAAUGGGACUGCUCCUGUUGCAGAUCCCCGUUCCUGUGAAGGCCACGGAGCGGUCUCUUCAGCUGGCUGGUCGAGCUUGGCCUUGAAGGGCACUUCCUUCCCUCCUGCCAGCCGUGUGCUUGGGCUCUGCAAUCCCCGCUGCGUUGCCAAGUGGGGUGAAAGCAAGCACAAGGAACUCGCUGUUGCAGCUGUGCUGUAGAAGACCCCAAUGGCAGAAUGAUGUGUGCUUGCUGCAAAGCAGGCGGUGCAGCCGGGUGGGGGUGGAUGCCAAGGAACUAAUUUGAAGUAAUUAAAAUGAGAUGUAUUUAUAGAGCAGCCUUGGGUGUUUUCAUCUAUCUCUAUUUUUCCAUCAGAAACAAAACAGAACAGCGUACCAGAUUCUUGCCCUUCAGCCGCGUUUCCUUACUGCACCAGAUGAACACAGCAGUGUGCUGGGGAGAGGGUGGGCCUGCCGAGCCGCCCCACCCGAGUAGGAAGCAGGCAGCACAAGUGCUUUUUUCCGCACGCCAGAGCUACGGUCCGUGUGGGCCCUUACUGCCUGUCUUCAGGGCAACAUUUACUUUAAUUUUCCACGUGCCGUCCACUGAAAGCUAAUGGGUUUGUUCCAGAGGUGGUGGGGUACGCUCUGUACAACAGCGGCUGGUAGAGGGUAUGACUAAGUUUUUAGAUUCUCGGUGCUGAUAAUGAAGUGCCCAUCUUGUCAGAAACCACGACCCAGGUACAGUCUUUGACCCGGUAAAUCCUUAACCGCUGACCAGCAGAAGCUGGACAGCUGUGCCGGGGAAGGAUCACGCUCACCUUUCCCGUUCUUUGUCCGAGCAUUCGGUGCUUGUUGCAGGCAGAGGUGGGGUGCUGCACUGGAGCAACCUUUGAUCAGACCCAGUGUGGUCGUUCUCCGGAUCCGGUGGAGCAGACGGCGCCUGCUCCCCGGCACGCUUUAGCUGUCUGUCCCCAGCUGGUGCUGAACAGCUUGUCCUGCCUGCCCUGCCCUCGGAGGACAACUCGGCACUGGUUCAGCUGCAGUGCUGCUGACACCCCUCGCCGAUGCAGGAGCCCAUUGACCUGAACUCAGCGGGAUGUGCUGGCUUGAUCUGGGCACGUCGCGCUGGAGCUGUGGCUGGAGGCUGGUGACCAGGGUUCCUCUCUGCCAGUGACAGCAAUGCUGCGGAGGAAUUCCUGUGUGCCAGCACUUCUCUGCUGGAGAAGGGCGCCGGCAGCGCUUGUGCGGAGUCACUGACGUGCUGGGCUAAUGCGAUCUCUGAUCCUUUCUGGAGACCAUCAACCCUACAAUCAUUGAGGUGGUUUACAUGAGCGAAUGGGAUGGCACAGUCUGCGGUGAGCACACCUGCCCCCCUCCCGCCAGCGCUGCAGCAGCCUGGGGGCAGCCCAAGUUGGUUUCACGUGCCCUGCUCUCAGGUGCAUGUUCUGACAGCCUGGGCUGAGUCCCCACCCGAACUGUGAGGUUUGAGGGCAAAGGAUGGACAUGGUGGCCCUUGGGGACAGAAAUGCUGGGGACGCAAAGAGCUGUCUUGGUGCCGCCAUGCACUGUCUCGCUGGGGAAUGUCUGACGGCGGCUGAAGAAGCCCAGCUCCCCGUGGCUGGCGCCCGCCCACCUUUCCAAAGGACAGAAGCAAAGGCUGGCGCAGGCUGCGACAUGCCACGCGCUGGGAGCCCCACAGUGCGUCCCGGCAGAGGCAGCGCGUGUGUCCCUGCAAACUGGCACAGGCUCUGCUCAACCCAGGGCUCGCUGUUUGGACGGGUCCUCCCUCUGUGUUUGCAGCCAGGAAAGUCUCUGUAGGAAUCGUCUGCUACCAGUGUCUGCCCUGGGCUCGUUUCGAUGUCCAAGAUCUGCCUCUUCAUGCCACCCACAUUGACUCCUUCCCUCUCUGGUUGCUGUGCCCUCCCCUCUUGCUGCUUUCGUAACCCUGCAGCAAGCUGUGUUUCUGUGCUGGCUGUUCUGUGCCUAAUGGCAUCUGUGUUUGAUCCUGAAUAACGAGCCUUUAGCAGGCAGGCCCGGGAUGUUUGUAUUUCUUGCUCUCCGUAUGUAUGAUGCUGACCUCUCAGUAUUGUGUUCUGAGUUGCAUGUGCUGUAUGUAACCUGGCUGUCCUUGAGUGAGUCUGUGUUCCUAAUUAAAUUUGCUCCCUUCUUAGGAAAUGGCUGAUGUGACAUUAGAUAAGCCUAAAACCAGCUUUUUUCUUUCCAAGGCGCUCCUGGCAGUGAUUCACUGCUCUUUUUCAGCUUCCUACUUAGUUGCUUACUUAGUGAGAUGAGGAGGAAGAGUAUAUCCCCCCCCCUUCCAGAAUGAACAUGGUGUAAAAUUCCUUUUUCCAUACCCUCUCGACUGGCUACGAAAGGUCGCAUCCAGCUGUGCCUGUGAGGUCCUUGUGGGACCUACUCCCUGUGCCGGGCACUAAGGCAGCGCUGCAGCAGCAGCGGGGUGCUUGCAAACGCUGCUGUCUGCUGGCGAUUGCCUGGAGCCGUGGGACGGGUCCUGGGGCUGGAAAAGCCGCUGCUGGCUGGUGCUGCCGCCCUGGAGGGAGCAGAUGCUCCCUGGCUGUUCCCUCUGCAGGGCAUGGUGGCAAUUUUUACCUCAUGGUGAUGUAAGCUUCUGUCGGCAGGUAAAACAAAGCCUUUUAAUUGUCCUCU